UGCCAGCUGCGUCGCUCGUGAAGCCGCUGGGAGUUCGGACGUGAUCGGAUCACUGAUUGGGCCCCCCAAAUAGAUGGACUCUUAGAUCCCUCACAAAACAUGUAUUGGACACCGUGCCACUAUCUAUUUGGGGAUCUAUCACUAUGUUUAUUGGGAGGAAUUCACCUUCAACGAGGGCUGCAAGCUAGAAAAGGUGGCUGAGGAAAUACGGCUCCUGUCUUUUUCGAAGGACACGCUGAAAACCGGCCUGGCGGCGGGCAACAUUUUUCAUGACCUCGAAUGAUUUCUAUGCGGUUCAGACCUGAAAUCUGACUGUUCAGUGCACAGUGCAUGGACACAGGCUGACUUGAGGAACUUAAUUAUAGAAUAGUAUCUUUUUUUGGGGGUGCUGGGCGUUCGCGUGAUCUUAACUCCUACUCUGCCAGGCCCUGCCCCAAAAUAGGAGCUGUUCUUGUCUUGUGAUAACUCAUCCGCUGGAUUUCAUCACUGAGUAUCAAGAGCUGCAAGAUCAUCUUCCCGCCCCACAAGUCUUCCCAUGUUUCCGUUGACAGAAACUCAACUGACCGGGUCCAACGACAGGACCUACACAUGCAUGAUCUACACGCAAGCUCAGAGAUGACAAUGCAAAAUGGAGUCACCCACAUACAAGUGAAGAGACUCAUGAAAGGCAUUUGUAGCCUUGCAUAGACUGGACUAGUGACCAUGAAAGGCAUAUUUCUGAAGCAAGAGGAGCAGGGGAGGUGGCCGCCUUCGGUGGACGAUUUGGCCUUUGGUCCACCGGAGGUGGUGAUACGAUUCGACACCGGUCGAGACCUCGGCCGACGCGGAGAACAAUCCGAUCCACGCCGACGUGGGCUCACGUCGGCCGCGGCGCGCCGGAUGAGGCAGGGGGAGCAAAGUCUCCGUGAGAUGAAGGUUAAGGAGAUGGUCUUGGCUUGGAUUGUCGUUGCCACACUUCUGACCUUAGUCCUGCUCUUUUGCUGCAAAGUGCCUCCGCUGGUGUCUCUGGGCCCUCGCAAGUGACCGGUUCUCGGCCGGUGGAGGUUCGCCUGAGGCGGUGGCACGGGAAGUUCUGGGCAGAACGGCCAAGGAUUCGGAUUUCGGGGUGGUCAACGGCGAAGUGGUUGAGACAUGUUGAGAUGUUGGGAAGUUCCCCCAAAAGGAAAC